UGUUUGCGGCCAACGAGCAGUGAUGGGCGACUGGAGCCUCCUGGGGAACUUCUUAGAAGAGGUGCAGGAACACUCCACCUCGGUGGGGAAGGUCUGGCUCACUGUCCUCUUCAUCUUCCGCAUCCUGGUGCUGGGAACGGCCGCUGAGUCCUCGUGGGGUGACGAGCAGAGCGACUUCAUAUGCGACACGCAGCAGCCUGGUUGCACCAAUGUUUGUUAUGACCGCGCCUUCCCCAUUGCCCACAUACGCUACUGGGUCCUGCAGAUCGUCUUCGUCUCCACGCCGUCCCUCAUCUACAUGGGCCAUGCCAUGCACAUAGUCCGCAAGGAGGAGAAGUGCAGGAGAAAGGAGCAGGAGAGGGAGGAGAGGGGGGAGACGGGCGUGGACGAGGAGGAGGAGAAGGACUACCUCCAGCAAGGGGUAAGUGUGAAGGUGCCAGCGGCGGACGCAACAGGCCGCAUCCGCCUGAAAGGGGCGCUCCUGCAGACCUACAUCCUGAGCAUCCUGAUCCGCACGGUGAUGGAGGUGACCUUCAUCGUGGUGCAGUACAUGAUCUACGGAGUCUUCCUCCGGGCACUGUACCUCUGCAAGGCCUGGCCGUGCCCCAACCCUGUCAACUGCUACAUGUCGCGUCCGACAGAGAAGAAUGUCUUUAUUGUCUUCAUGCUGGUGGUGGCUGGUGUGUCUCUGCUGCUCUCUGUGGUUGAGCUCUACCAUCUCGGCUGGAGGAAGCUGAGGAAGUGCAUGCGCAGCAAGGCAGCCCAGAAGAAGAGCCAGAGGGCCGUGACCAUGUCUGCACCCCUGAAGCCCGACAGCCCGCGGCCCUCCGUCUCCUGCACCCCGCCUCCUGAUUUCAACCAGUGCCUGGCAGCGCCGAGCACCAUGAACCCCAUGACCUCUCUGGCCUCACACCCCUUCAAUAACAGGAUGGCACUGGAGCAGAACUCGGUCAACAUGGCCACCGAGCGACAUCACAGUCGUGAUGACCUGGACGGCGCCAGCCUUCUGCAGAUGAGCUACAACCAGGCACCCACAGAGGUGCCUAACGGCUGCCCACUGCCCCCCUCAAUACUGCAUAAUAGCUUUCUGAGGGACAAACGGCGCCUGAGCAAGACCAGUGGGACCAGCAGCCGGGUCCGGCCAGAUGACCUGGCAGUGUAGGGAACCACCACCGUUGAGAGGUGGAAGAGAGGGCUGGACCCUUCAGACCCUCAGUAAAUUGGGGGUGAACAUCAGUUUAGGUAAAAUCUUGGUUAGGACAGCUUGUGAAGAUACAAGGACGACAGGACUGGGUUUUUGAUCCGAGUGAAGCGGUCUGUCAGUGGUUGGCAGAAGGGCAGCAUGAACUCCAGCACUGCAGACUACACCACCAAAGACACAGACUACAGGUUAAGAUCUUAAAGGUCUUAACCAAGCCACGCAGUGACAGUGGACCACCGCAAUACACUUGACAUGCAUAUCCGAGCACUGCGAUCCAGUUCUGUUUGCAGGCAGAGCUCCUCCCAAACUUGAAAAGUAGAUUAUGUGAACUGUAAAAGAAAAAUAAUUUUGAAAAUUGGAACAGGGUAAAACUGUGAUGCCUGACAAUUGCACAAUGUAUGUUUUUGAUAAGAUUGUCCAGUUAAAAGUGACACGAUUGAGAAAGAGGCAGGUGAGAGCUAGAUUAAGAGAGAGAGAGAGAGAGAGAGAGAGAGAGAGAGAGAGAGAGAGAGAGAGAGAGAGAGAGAGAGAGAGA